AUUCUGCUCUGUCAGAGAGAACAUCUGUCAAGCCCAGAUAUAAACUGCUGCCUGCCUGUGCAGCAGCUGAGGAAGCGUGGAUUUCAUAUUACAGACUAAAGCCCAGGAAAACUGCUCAAAAUCCUCCCUGCAGCUGUCAGGCAGCCACAAAGGGGAGCUCAGCCCGUCCUUCCCCAGCCCAGCCGAGCACUCCGUUCCAGCGCCGGCGGCUCCCACUGCAGGUCCGGGUGGUUCCCAGAAACAUGGACACUGAGGAGAGGACGCAGCUCUGCAUCGUCCGGCCGGGAAACCGGCAGACGUAAGGAGCUUCCAUGCAUCGCCGGCUGCCAGGAAGAGUCAACACUGCUCCCAGCAGAACGGACGACUACAGCUCUUUUGUUUAAAGCCAGAGAAAAUGAAAGAAAGGGGAAGCCUCCGAAGACCAGCACCCGUAUGAAGGAGGAGGGUGCCAGGAAGACAGGCAGACAGAUGGACACUCUGGACCCCGUGAAAAGCAGGCGCAGGCGGCAGACCACUGGGGAUGUGCGCAUGUUCGAGGGCAUCUUUCUGCUGAAGGGAUGGCGAGCCAAGAGUACGGUCAGUGGGCAUAACCCGGUCCACACGGAUGGCCUGACCAGGAAAGAAUGACCGCAAGGGAGACCACGUGACCGAACAGAAAUGCUGCCCAAAGAGCAGCCCUGACCCAGCAGAGGCAGAACGGCGCGGCCUGCAGUCUCCCCUCCCGUCCCGUCCCUCCCCGGGCGCCUGCACCAUGCUGCAGUGGAGGCGGCGGCACUGCUGCUGGGCCAAGCGGUCUCUGUUCCGGACCCACCUCAUCGGCGCCCUCUCCCUGGUGUUCCUCUUCGCCACGUUCUUGUUCUUCAGUCACCACGACUGGCUACCAGGCCGAGCCGGAUUCAAAGAAAACCCCGUGACCUACACUUUGCGAGGAUUUCGUUCUACAAAAAGUGAGACAAACCACAGCUCUCUUCGGAAUAUCUGGAAAGAAACAGUUCCUCAGACUCUGAGGCCUCAAACUGCAACCAACGCCAACAACACGGACCUGUCGCCACAAGGAGUUACAGGGCUGGAGAACACACUCAGUGCCAACGGGAGCAUCUACCGCGAAAAGGGUACCGGACAUCCCAAUUCUUACCACUUCAAGUAUAUCAUCAACGAACCUGACAAAUGCCAGGAGAAAAGCCCCUUUUUAAUCCUACUCAUAGCAGCAGAGCCUGGACAAAUAGAAGCUAGAAGAGCUAUUCGGCAAACCUGGGGAAACGAAAGUCUAGCCCCUGGAAUUCAAAUCACACGAAUUUUUUUGUUGGGCCUAAGUGUCAAGGUAAAUGGCUACCUUCAACAUGCGAUACUGGAAGAGAGCAGACAGUACCAUGACAUAAUCCAACAGGAGUACUUAGACACAUACUACAACCUGACCAUCAAAACACUGAUGGGUAUGAACUGGGUCGCCACACACUGCCCACACAUUCCUUACGUCAUGAAAACGGACAGUGACAUGUUUGUCAACACUGAGUAUUUAAUACACAAGCUACUGAAGCCAGACCUGCCGCCCAGACGUAACUAUUUCACUGGGUACCUCAUGAGAGGAUACGCACCCAACCGAAACAAAGACAGCAAGUGGUACAUGCCACCGGACCUCUACCCCAGCGAGCGCUACCCGGUCUUCUGCUCUGGGACUGGCUACGUCUUCUCCGGAGAUCUGGCAGAGAAGAUAUUUAAAGUUUCUUUAAGCAUCCGUCGUUUGCACUUGGAGGAUGUGUAUGUAGGGAUCUGUCUUGCCAAGCUGCGGAUUGACCCCGUGCCCCCUCCCAAUGAAUUUGUGUUCAAUCACUGGCGGGUUUCUUAUUCGAGCUGUAAAUACAGCCACCUGAUUACCUCUCAUCAGUUCCAGCCCAGUGAACUGAUAAAGUACUGGAACCAUUUACAACAAAAUAAGCACAACGCUUGUGCCAACGCAGCCAAGGAAAAGGCAGGCAGGUAUCGCCACCGUAAACUGCACUAGAAAAGACAACUUGUCUUCCCAAAUGUGCAAUCUGUAAAAUAUUGCUAAAAGCAUGUAUAAUUAAGAUUGAUUACACCCAUAGGACAAGUUUUAGUUAAAACUCAUCACAUAAAAGAACUCUAAAAGUAUUUUUUUAAUUUCUGAAAAGGUAAUUCUUAAAAAUACAUUAUAGGACAAAAAGGCACCCUGAGAGGAUCUAGAGAAAAACUGUACGCGGGGAUUCUGUGUAUUAACAUGCAAUAACAAGCAUGCACUCACCAUGGCUCCAGUCUUACGUUAGGGGCCGACACGAUGUAUUUGCAUAUAUUUUCCACGUAAGUUUUUAUUUAAGAAAUGGAGACAGUCGAGAGACCCUUCAUUUUAGAUUCAGUUCUACAUGUCGAUAUAUAAUUAUAUGUAAAUAAAACAUCACUGUCAAUUUUAAGGAAACUUUGUAAUUGUGUGAAGACAGAUUUUCUGGGGUUCUAAAAACUGUAUUACGUGCAAUAAGAUUUAGUUGAGUUACUCCAAAAACACACUUAUAAAGUUCAGAUGUUUCAUCAAUCUGUUCUCAUCUAAGUACUUAUUUUUCAAAAACAAUUGAGAUAUUCAUUUUCUUUUAAGACUCACAUAUAUCAAGGAAGUUAUUUUGAAAUGAUGUGAUAAAAUGUGAAAAAUCAA